AUCUAGAAAGACACAAGGAUCUCUACAAGGACGUAAUGAAGGAGAAUCACCAGACCCUCAGCUCACCGGAUAAACCUUUAUCAGCUGAAUAUCAUACUCCAGAUUGUGUGCCCUGUUUUGGAAACAAUGAGGAAAAUGUAGCUGAACCCAAAAAUGGACCACACUAUCUGCGAACUAGCAAAAUAAGAAACAGACUCAAAAAUAAUAUUCCGUACAUAACGAAAGAGUCUCCAUCAUCAGACAUGGACAUUUACAAACAGACAGAAUAUCCAUCUACUGAUAUUAAGAAGGAAUCGGCAUUACAUGAAGAAGGAAAUCUCACAGGGUUUGACAUCCAUGCAUGCACAGAUAAUACACAGACAGAAUAUUCAUCUAUUCUUAUUAAGGAGGAAUCAGCCUCGUAUGAAGAAGGGAAUCGCCCAGGAGUCGAUAUUUAUAAAUCCAGUCACAAUUCUACUCUUGCAGAUAAUGAAGAUGAUAGAACUUGUUCAAACAUACAUUCUAUCAAUCCUUGUAUUGAAUUAAAUACACCAUAUUGUAUUGAUGGUAAUGCUACUCAGAGCAAAGACAACAUAGAGGAAAUAUUCCUUUUUUCUGACUGUCCACAAGGCAUCAGUAGUGACACGCAGGAUGUUAAGCAUCAGCCAACUCAUAUGGGUAAAUACUUAUUAUCCACACCAGACCUUACUAUACAUGAGAUGAAUCACACAGGAGAAAAUCAGAUUUUAUCUUCUCAAUCUGGGUCAGAUUGUAUUCAGGUGUCAAAUCUUGUCAAGCAGGAAAUGGAUUGGACUGAACAGAAACUAUACGUAUGCUCUGAAUGUGGGAAAUAUUUUACCCAUGCUGCAGAACUUGCGUCACAUAAAAUGGUUCAUAAUAAGGAAAGACCAUACAAAUGUACUGAAUGUUCGAAGACUUUUAAAAAAAAGUCUCAUCUUGUUAGUCAUCGGAAGAUUCACACAAGAGAAAAGCCAUUUAAAUGCACUGAAUGUGGGAAAUGUUUUACUUCGAAUUCACAACUGAUUUCACAUAAAUGGAUUCAUUCAGGCGAGAGACCAUUCAAGUGUCAUGAAUGUGGCAAGAGUUUUAUCCUAAAGCAUCAUCUUAUUAGUCAUCAAAUGGUUCACAGUAAAGAAAAACCUUUUAAAUGCACUGAAUGUGGGAAAUGUUUUACCCGGACUACAAAUCUUGCAUCACAUAAAUUAAUUCACACAGGAGAAAAACCAUUUUCAUGCUGUGAAUGUGGACAACGGUUUAACGUAAAGCAUGCUCUUAAAAUGCACCACAGAGUUCACACAGGAGAGAAACCAUACAGGUGCCUUGAAUGUGGGAAAAGUUUUGCCCAAUUAACAAGUCUUGUUGCACAUAAAAGGACUCAUACAGGAGAAAGGCCAUUUAAAUGCUCUGAAUGUGGAAAAGGUUUUACCCGGGCCACAAAUCUUGUAUCACAUAAAAUGGUUCAUAAUAAGGAAAGACCAUACAAAUGUACUGAAUGUUCGAAGACUUAUAAAAAAAAGUCUCAUCUUGUUAGUCAUCGGAAGAUUCACACAGGAGAAAAGCCAUUUAAAUGCACUGAAUGUGGGAAAUGUUUUACUUCAAAUUCACAACUGAUUUCACAUAAAUGGAUUCAUUCAGGCGAGAGACCAUUCAAGUGUAAUGAAUGUGGCAAGUGUUUUAUCCUAAAGCAUCAUCUUAUUAGUCAUCAAAUGGUUCACAGUAAAGAAAAACCUUUUAAAUGCACUGAAUGUGGGAAAUGUUUUACCCGGGCUACAAAUCUUGCAUCACAUAAAUUAAUUCACACAGGAGAAAAACCAUUUUCAUGCUGUGAAUGUGGACAACGGUUUUACUCAAAGCAUGCUCUUAAAAUGCACCACAGAGUUCACACAGGAGAGAAACCAUACAGGUGCCUUGAAUGUGGGGAAACUUUUACCCGAUUAACAAGUCUUGUUUCACAUAAAAGGACUCAUACAGGAGAAAAACCAUUUAAAUGCUCUGAAUGUGGAAAAGGUUUUACCCGGGCCACAAAUCUUGUAUCACAUAAACUGAUUCACACAGGAGAAAAACCAUUUUCAUGCUCCGAAUGUGGGAAACGGUUUUACUCAAAGCAUGAUCUUAAUAGACAUCACAGGGUUCACACAGGAGAGUAACCCUGUAGGUGCCUUGAAUGCGGGGAAAGUUUUUGCCGGUUAUCAAGUCUUGAGUUACAUAAAAAGAUUCAUACAAGUGAACAGAAACUAUACGUAUGCUCUGAAUGUGGGAAAUAUUUUACCCAUGCUGCAGAACUUGCGUCACAUAAAAUGGUUCAUAAUAAGAAAAGACCAUACAAAUGUACUGAAUGUUCGAAGACUUUUAAAAAAAAGUCUCAUCUUUUUAGUCAUCGGAAGAUUCACACAAGAGAAAAGCCAUUUAAAUGCAAUGAAUGUGGGAAAUGUUUUACUUCGAAUUCACAACUGAUUUCACAUAAAUGGAUUCAUUCAGGCGAGAGACGAUUCAAGUGUAAUGAAUGUGGCAAGUGUUUUAUCCUAAAGCAUCAUCUUAUUAGUCAUCAAAUGGUUCACAGUAAAGAAAAACCUUUUAAAUGCACUGAAUGUGGGAAAUGUUUUACCCGGGCUACAAAUCUUGCAUCACAUAAAUUAAUUCACACAGGAGAAAAACCAUUUUCAUGCUGUGAAUGUGGACAACGGUUUAACGUAAAGCAUACUCUUAAAGUGCACCACAGAGUUCACACAGGAGAGAAACCUUACAGGUGCCUUGAAUGUGGGGAAAGUUUUGCCCGAUUAACAGGUCUUGUUGCACAUAAAAGGACUCAUACAGGAGAAAAACCAUUUAAAUGCACUGAAUGUGGGAAAUGUUUUACUUCGAAUUCACAACUGAUUUCACAUAAAUGGAUUCAUUCAGGCGAGAGACCAUUCAAGUGUAAUGAAUGUGGCAAGUGUUUUAUCCUAAAGCAUCAUCUUAUUAGUCAUCAAAUGGUUCACAGUAAAGAAAAACCUUUUAAAUGCACUGAAUGUGGGAAAUGUUUUACCCGGGCUACAAAUCUUGCAUCACAUAAAUUAAUUCACACAGGAGAAAAACCAUUUUCAUGCGGUGAAUGUGGAAAAUGUUUUACCCGGGCCACAAAUCUUGUAUCACAUAAACUGAUUCACACAGGAGAAAAACCAUUUUCAUGCUCCGAAUGUGGGAAACGGUUUUACUCAAAGCAUGCUCUUAAAAUGCACCACAGAGUUCACACAGGAGAGAAACCAUACAGGUGCCUUGAAUGUGGGGAAAGUUUUACCCGAUUAACAACUCUUGUUUCACAUAAAAGGACUCAUACAGGAGAAAAACCAUUUAAAUGCUCUGAAUGUGGAAAAGGUUUUACCCGGGCCACAAAUCUUGUAUCACAUAAACUGAUUCACACAGGAGAAAAACCAUUUUCAUGCUCCGAAUGUGGGAAACGGUUUUACUCAAAGCAUGAUCUUAAUAGACAUCACAGGGUUCACACAGGAGAGUAACCCUAUAGGUGCCUUGAAUGCGGGGAAAGUUUUUGCCGGUUAUCAAGUCUUAGACAUUAUAGAAUUCACAGAUUAUUAGAGCCGUUCUUCUGAACAUGGAGAAAGCUUUGCAGGUACCUAGUCUAAUAUUAGACACUAAGGUACUAAUAUGGAGUAAAAGCCAUUUGCAUGUACAAUGUGUAGAGCACAGUAUUUGUACCCAGUGUUUUGUUAGUUAUACAAUGCAAUGAAUAAGGUUUUGUAGAAAAAAAAAAAAGUUGUUAUUGAAUUAAGAGGAGUAAAGUGCUAAAUGCUUUUUACAGCAAUAAAACAUGGCCUGCUUAAGGGGAUACUGUAGUGCCAGGAAUACUAUGCCUCGCGCAUCCCCCCUUCCUGGUUAUUUACUUACCUGAUCCCAGCGCCAAUGUCCCUCGAUGCUGGGUUGAAGCUCCGCCCCCUCUUCCGUCCGCGACGAGCGGGGUCUAAUGCACAUGCAUGGCAAAUGCCGCAUGCGCAUUAGACCUCCCCGUAGUAAAGCAUUGAAUCAAUGCUUUCCUAUGGGGGAAAUCUGUCGCUGGAGGUCCUCAUGCAGUGCCAGGAGUGCCCUUUAAAGGCACUCUUGUCACCAGAACCACUAUAGGGUGCUCUUGUUGACAUGUUUCUUUAAGGGUUUGAAACAUUUAUAUCAUACAACUUCAAUUUUAACCCCUUAGUGACCAGACCGCUUUUCGAUUUUCUUACCGUUUAGGACCAGGACUGUUUUUACAUUUCUGCGGUGUUUGUGUUUAGCUGUAGUUUUCCCCUUACUCAUUUACUGUACCCACACAUAUUAUAUACCAUAUUU